UUUAAUGCGGCUUCGUCAGUGGUUCGGCAUGGACUCGGCUGCUGCCACAGCCAGACAAUGCUAGCCACCGACUCUCGCCGAGCAGCGUCCGUCAGUCGAGUUUCGGCCGUUCAACUAAACAGAGGUGCGACAGCGGACAAGCUCCAGCCGAGGACGACACAGGCAUUCAGCACCAGGGAACAAUAGCAGCAGCACAUCAGCAGCAGAAGCCGCAGCAGCAGUUUGUGUCCAUCCAAAAUCACAGACAAAAAACCACCCGCAAAAAAAAAAAAAAAAAACCAAAUCAAAUCUAAAUAAAUCUGUGUGUGAAUGCCUCAACCAAGCGCUCUGUUCCAUUCUGAAAGUGUCGCUCGCAGGCGUUUUGAUUGACAGCAAACAGGAGUGACCCAUAACCAUUCCAGUGGAUGGGUUCUCGUUGUGCCGGACUUGACCUGAGCCAGAGCCCGAGCCCAGGAAAGUAGGCAACGAAUAAGUGCAAAAAAUAAAUAAAUAGCCGCACACAAUUGGAAAUCUAAUUAGCGGCAGGCGUGCGACCCUCUCAAUCAUCAUCAGAGUAUUGGCAGCAGCGGCAACUCGAUGUGAAGCACAACAACAACAACAACAACAACAACAACAAUACUAUUAACAACGGCAACAAGAGGAGUUUGACCGGAAAAGGCGUUGCUCGCACCAACAACAACAACAAGAACAACAACAGGGAGGCGGAGUGAACAGUAAACCAAACGAAAGCGAAAGCGACGUCAACGCCAGCAAACACUUUCCCGCGCGCGUACGUGUGUGUAUGUGAAUGUGAGUGUGUGCGUGCAUUUGUGUGUGUAUUGAUGUGCCUGUAAGUGUGUUGUAACUUUGAUAACGGAACACGCGCGUUUUUCUGUACUGCCCAGCAACUGGAGGCGGCUUAGACAGCUCUCUCCUUGUCUCCGAGAGUGUGUUUGAGUGUGUGUGUGUGUGUGUGCUUAAGUGUGAUUGUAUGUGUGUGUGCGUGUGUGUGGCUGCUGACAUCACUGCUUUGUUUUUAAAGGCAGGCUGAACUGAAGCUCAAUUGAGACGUUAAUGAAGUAAACCUUACGACCACUUACACAGUUACUGAUCAAUUAACCGUUAACGAAGCUGCCAAAUCCAGCACAGCCAUUACAAGAUACUCCAGCACAGCCACUGCGAGAGCUGCUAUCACAGUCAAAGAUAAGCAAAGAACCAAAGCCAAUAAACAUGUUCUCCAUGUGCUCAAAGGUGAAGGCAAGAAGUGAGGAGUCGUUUUUCUCGCCGCAGCUACAAAUGCAGCUGCAGCAGCCCGCGGGCACCGGCGGCAAGCAAAUCAAAGGCGGUUACCUUUUACGCUAUAAAAAGCAAAUGCUAUGGAACCGCUGGGCCGAGGAGUGGGUUAUACUAUAUGAUGACUCCACCAUGGCCUGGUUUACGGAGCCCGGACGUUCAUCGCCAUCGGGCAAGAUAUUGGUGAAGGAGGCGCCCGAGAUGCUGGCCAUUGCACACUGGACCGGCCAGAUACCGCGUCGUCCCCCAUUGCCCGAUGGCGUCAGCGUGUCACAGCUAAUUGCGCUUGGGUCACGUCGCAAGCGCUCCAAGGUCUACUGGAUGCUGGCCAAGUCUGAGCACGAGGUAAGCGACUGGAUUGACGCCAUAACUAAAACUUUGCCGCCGCCACCGCAAAUCGAAUUGGUCGUGGAUAAACCGCAACUAAUGAAUGUGUUGCGGCGUCCGCUUGUGCGUAUAAGACCGGCCACCAAUUCCGAGGUAAAGAAGCGCAAGUCGGCGGCCCAUAGCACCAGCAGACAUCAUCGCAGCUCCUCGGCGGCCUUAACCACACAGCGCACGCUGUACAAUCAGAAUCCAUUGAUCAAGAGCGAUGCCGCCGUGGCCAUACUGAGCAAGAAGGCGGACUCCAAGGCAUCGCUUGCUUGCGCACUGCCCUGGGGUCAUGGCUGGGGCUGGGCCACGCUGCCCAAUGGUGUCUGGAGUGGCGGUCUCACCUGGUCGCAGUGUGAAGACACAUUCACCCUUCAUGCACUGCCAACAACUCACUGCACCAAUCUAAUCGACAAUUCGUGCAGUGGCGCCGUCUAUCACACGGACAUUGGCGGCUUUGAUUUUCACUCCACGGGCAUCGAUGAUGUGGGCGGUGAGGACUUUGACUAUGCCAUGGACUGUGGCGAUUUCAUCUUUUAAAUUCAGCAACUAAAAGCUCCCACCUCAUGCCACCCACACAUAAAUACUCACAUACAGGUAACCAGGCCGAGCAGCAGUCGAACCCACCCAAAAACGCGUAAGGCGGAUUAAGAAUGAACACAAAAUUCUAGUAAAAACAAAAAUUAUAGCAUCUUGUUGUUGCAAAAACAAAACAGUUCGAAGAAAUUAGUGAUUAACGCUGUCAUAGAAUCAUCCAUGCCUAGUUGUCCUUUUGUGUCAGGCUCUGCAAGUGGCGCAACUCUUCAUGCAUGCACACACACACACACAUGCAGACAUUUCCAUACAUAUUCAUGCGUGGAGGCAAAGUCAGGUUGAGUAUACGCAUCAUGGUGCAGCUGCAUGUACGUGUAUCGAGGGUCUGCAUGUUUGUGUUUACUGCGUGUUUUGUAUUUUUAAUUGUGUUUGGUGUUUCUGUCUGUGUACGUGUUUGUUGUUAGUGUGCCAAUUACGUAUAAAAUCCAAUUAAGAAGUUAAGCUGCAACAUGCGAGUGUAACACAUUGAAUUAAUUCCAGAGAUGACAAUUUAUCGCAAAUUAUGUAUAACCAAUAAGCUGCACACACGUUCACACACACACACACACACACACUUAGAUGCACAGCAACGUCCACAGAACGACAGCAAGAAUUUCAUGUACAACAAAAACGAAUGUCUUGACGUGCACCUAAAAGCAGGCAACAUAUUUAGCAUAGUAAGGGACAACAACAAAUUAUUAUGGUAUUAAGCAUCUUUUUAUGAAUUUUAUAAAAAUUCCCCCCGAACAUUUUCGAUGCCGAAGAUCGCAUUUGUAGCGUGUGCAAUUUUUAAACAAUUUUUUAGCGCAGCUAAUUAAGCGAAAUUGAAAAAUUGUCAUUUGUAAUUGUGUAGAACAUGCUGGCUAUGUUCACAUGCAGCAUUUUUAUAGAUUAGUAUGUAGUGGAGACGAGUUUUGCCAUUGAGUUGAGAAUGGCCCAAACCAAGCAAGAGGAAAACCAGGUUAAUAACAAAUACACUUGAAUAUACACAGUUCAGCCUAAUUAUAAUGCGCAUCGGUAAGCCCCAAGCACACCAAGACAGGUCAGUUAUUAGAAACUGAAUUACACAAAAACCCACCCGUACUGAUAAAGUAAAGUUUAUGAAAUAAACAACUAACAUUAACCGCAAAUAUAUUUAAUAUGCUAAGAAAACCAAAGUCAGUUACAAAUAUUAUGUAUUUAUACAUAGGGCUUAAUGCAGCAAAUGCAUCAAUUAUCCACCGUUUAUCGGACGCAAGAAGCGUUGAAUAAGUUUUAAUGUUUAGAAUGAAUGCACCUGAAAGUUAUUUAAGCCAUCCGAAAUAUGAUUGCCUCUUACAGAUUGCAAUGUUUCAAAGAACAUUCAGGCGUCUACAUUUGAUUUGAUCUUAACUAAAAUUAAUUUAUUUUAUAUGACAGCAGGGGCCUUCAUUCCAAAUACUAAUGCUUAUUGAAACGGCCAUUUUAAUAAGCUCAUCAUUUAUUUGAACAACAUUAAGGUUCGCAUUUGAAUUUGAAAAUUUUGAACAUUUUUGUGCACAAAUGCACAAAAAACGCCGCUACUAAAACCUUGAACAACAAUGUUUAGAAAUCUAAUGUUAGAAUAAGUCUUAAAUGUCUUGAAGGACAAAGAAUAUCUUAAAGAAUUGUUAAAAACCAAAGAAAGUAACUUAGACAAAAAUAAUGUGCAGGUUUUCAAAAUGUUGCAAAAAAAACAUAAGUUUAACAAGAUAAAUCUUAGCAAAAAAAAAACGGGUAACAAGAAAAAUCUUGCCUCUCUGCAUAUGAUGUCAGUACGUAACAUCGUAUGCGCCCUAAUAUAGCCCAAAAUAAGUGUGUAUGUGCAUGUACUUGUAUACUAGCAGUAGCUAAAGCCUAGUAUGUUCAAGUAUACAUAACUAUAUAUAUAUAUAUAUAUGUAUAUGUGUUAAACAAUUGAAGAGUCGAUGAAAACAGAAAAGCGCAACCAAAGUUAAAUCGAAAGCGAUAUUAAUAUCGACAUCGAUAUCGAUAUCUAAAAAUACACAAACACUGAAACUGAAACCUGAGCCCCGCAGCCUUAGUUAAUGCAGCUACUGUUAAACACCCUAAGACACUUAUCACACACACACAGAUCGAUAUAUGUAUAGCCAGAAUAAUAUAUAUAAAUGUUAAAUGGAAGUAAGCGAUAUGCGAAAGAAGAACAAACCCCUAUAAAAGAAUGUAGACUAAAAGACUUAAGCAAUUGUCGUAUAGACGUUAAAUUAGAGCGCAUUGAAUGUUGGCUUUAAAAUGUUUAGAAAAGUAUCUUUGUAAGUAGUUAAAAGCAGCGACAGCUGAUCGAUGUGCUUAUAGGCAGCAUUAUCCUGUAGUCUGAAGUGUAGCCCAAAUAAACGAUAUGUUAUUGAAUGUAAUAGUCGAACGAAGCGUAGCAGGAACAAAGAGCGACAACAAAUUGAACAUAAACAAAAAAAAAAAAAAACAG